UGGGCUAGGGAUGGCAGGACCUGAGACCAAUGGAACAGCCAGGAAGAGGUCUCGUACUUGAGUCCUCUACUGCUGUGUCCAUCUCCAGUCCCAGCCCCACCGGCCUGAGGAGCCGCCAGCCCUGUCUACAGCAGCAUGUUUAGCUGGGUGAGCAAGGAUGCCCGCCGCAAGAAGGAGCCGGAGCUCUUCCAGACCGUGGCCGAAGGGCUGCGGCAGCUGUACGCGCAGAAGCUGCUGCCCCUGGAGGAGCACUACCGCUUCCAUGAGUUCCACUCGCCCGCGCUGGAGGAUGCUGACUUCGACAACAAGCCCAUGGUGCUUCUUGUAGGCCAGUACAGCACGGGCAAGACCACCUUCAUCCGGCACCUGAUCGAGCAGGACUUUCCCGGAAUGCGCAUCGGGCCCGAGCCCACCACCGACUCCUUCAUCGCGGUCAUGCACGGUCCCACUGAGGGCGUGGUGCCGGGCAAUGCGCUCGUAGUCGAUCCGCGGCGCCCUUUCCGCAAGCUCAACGCCUUCGGCAAUGCCUUUCUCAACAGGUUCAUGUGUGCGCAGCUCCCCAACCCAGUCCUGGACAGCAUCAGCAUCAUCGACACCCCUGGGAUCCUAUCAGGAGAGAAGCAGCGCAUCAGCAGAGGGUACGAUUUUGCAGCAGUCCUUGAGUGGUUCGCAGAACGGGUAGACCGCAUCAUCCUGCUCUUCGAUGCCCACAAACUGGACAUCUCCGAUGAGUUCUCUGAGGUCAUCAAGGCUCUGAAGAACCAUGAGGACAAGAUCCGGGUGGUGCUGAACAAAGCCGACCAGAUUGAGACGCAGCAGCUGAUGCGAGUAUAUGGGGCCCUCAUGUGGUCCCUGGGCAAGAUCAUCAACACCCCUGAGGUGGUCCGAGUCUACAUUGGCUCCUUCUGGUCCCACCCACUGCUCAUCCCAGACAACCGGAAGCUCUUUGAGGCUGAGGAACAGGACCUCUUCAAAGACAUCCAGUCUCUUCCCCGAAAUGCUGCCCUCAGGAAGCUCAACGACCUGAUCAAGCGGGCCAGGCUGGCUAAGGUCCAUGCCUACAUCAUCAGCUCCCUCAAGAAGGAGAUGCCCAAUGUCUUUGGUAAGGAGAGCAAAAAGAAAGAGCUCGUGAACAACCUGGGUGAGAUCUACCAGAAGAUCGAGCGGGAGCAUCAGAUAUCCCCGGGUGAUUUUCCAAGCCUCCGGAAGAUGCAGGAGCUCCUGCAGACCCAGGACUUCAGCAAAUUCCAGGCCCUAAAGCCCAAGCUGCUGGACACAGUAGACGACAUGUUGGCCAAUGACAUCGCACGGCUGAUGGUGAUGGUGCGCCAGGAGGAGUCCCAGAUGCCCUCCCAGGCUGUGAAAGGCGGUGCUUUUGAUGGUACCAUGAAUGGGCCCUUUGGGCAUGGCUACGGUGAAGGUGCCGGUGAGGGCAUUGACGACCUUGAAUGGGUGGUGGGCAAAGAUAAGCCCACCUACGAUGAGAUCUUCUAUACACUGUCCCCCGUCAACGGUAAGAUCACAGGCGCCAAUGCCAAGAAGGAGAUGGUGAAAUCUAAGCUGCCCAACACUGUGCUGGGCAAGAUCUGGAAGCUGGCUGACGUGGACAAGGACGGGCUGCUAGACGACGAGGAGUUUGCCCUGGCUAACCACCUCAUCAAGGUCAAGCUGGAGGGCCAUGAGUUGCCUGCUGACCUGCCCCCACACCUCAUCCCACCCUCCAAGCGCAGGCACGAGUGACAGGCCCCCUGGGCCACCCUGCGGCCCACUCGCCAUCUCCAAACCUGCCCAGAGACUGAGGCCUGGAGGAAGCAGCUGAGGGAAGGGAAGGGUCGCCGUUUUUAAAGGUCCAUAAAGACCAGUCACUGUUUCCUCAGCCUGAAUAGGAGAACCACCAUCUUUCUUUUAAGGCAGCUCCUGGGCCCAGCUGGGGAGGCGGGGAUGAGGCUCAGAUGUGAAUGGUGGAAUUUUGUGCACAAGAACUCUGGAUAUUUUUAAUAUAUACCAUUAGAGGCAGCCUUCUUUCUUGCCGCCUCCUCCUCUGUUGGACAGUCCCAUGACACAGCCUCUCUCCUGUCCCAGCCUUUCCUCCUCCCAUGCACUGUCCCCGGUGGGAUGGCAUGGGCUGCCUCAUUGAUCCUAGGGAUGCCAAUGGCUCCUCCUGGCAGCUGCCUCAGAGCUCUUUGUAGACUGGGGCCUGAGCUGCCCCUCAGUUUGUCCCUUCUGUCUCCAUGCUAAAGCUAACCUCAAGGGGAAGGUUUCCUUCCCUGCCCAGCUCUGCCUGGGCUGGGGGUGAAUCAGUUCUGUGCCUCUCCAGCUGGGGCUCUCCACACAUGCCCCACCCUUGCCUUGCACACCCCCAAUCCCAGCAUCUCUUCCAGCAGGGUCCAGCCACCUCCACUGUCUUUUCAGGGCUGUGGAGAGGAGAGAGAGAACAUCUUCCAGAAAAAUGUAUAAGCUAGAUAGAUCUUUUGUACAGUGACAUCUUUCAUACUUGACCAGAUUUUCCAGUAACUUCAGACCACUUGUUCAGAAGCUGUGAUUUUUGCCUCCCUCUCUCCACUUGCCAGCCUGUGGGUGGCUCCCUUCAGGAGCUGUUAGAUGUGGGGUAUGCGUGUAGCAGCCCAGAUUUGUUCUCUGGCCAAGGGGGGGAGGGGCACCCUGACUCCUGUCUGAUAGUGUCUGAACUGUAGACCCUCACUUCUUGUUCCACAGAAUCUGAGGCCCCCACCUUAGGGUGAGUGGUGGGUCCCUGUGACUGGGUGUGGUUUGGUGCUGGUAAGAUGAGGACUGUGGCUCUGACCUGGGCCUAGUUUUCCAGGCAAUGGGGGUCAUAGGGAAACGUCCUUUCCUCUUUCUGCCUUCACCCUGUGCCCUACCUUCCUUCACCCCUGCUGAGCAAAGGAAGGUUGCCAAGGACCUUAGACCAACCCCUCAGCGCCUAGUCUGAGCAGUAAGCCAGAGCCAGCAAGUGUUCACACCACACAGCCUCUGGGGGCUGGAUGCCUGUGCACAGUCAGCCAAGAGGGCAGACAUUACCCAGGGCAGGAGAUGGGCCUUGGUCUGCACAGUAGGAGUGUCAGCUAGGCUUUGGGGAGUUACCUGGCCACCCACAGCCUGCUCCCAGUGCUGCACCUGCACCGCAGGUGUGUUCAGUAUUAGAUGAUGGAUGGAGAAUGUCCAGACUUGCUGUUGAAGGUGCGGCAGGGCUGGUUCACAUUCAUCUUUGGGGGGAAGGUAACAGACUACAGACUGGUUUCCUUGCAUUAAAGAAAGUUUUAACUGUGCU